UAUUGUAGAAAAUUUAAAAAUAAAACAAGAAUUAUUCAAAAAGUUAGAUGAAGUAGCGCCAAGUAAUACAUCAUCGUUACCAAUUACUGCUAUAGCUGAACUCGUACAACGGAAAGAUAAAUUUGGGGGUUUACAUUUCUUCAAUCCUGUUCCGGUGAUGAAACUUUUAGAAGUGAUACGAACAUCGUCUACGAGUGAUGAAACAUUUCAAACGCUGAUGGAUUUCGGACAAGCACUUGGAAAAACAACGGUCAGAUGCAAAGAUACACCCGGUUUUAUUGUUAAUCGUUUGUUGGUUCCAUAUUUAAUGGAGGCUGUUCGAAUGAUUGAACGAGGAGAUGCCACGCCAGAAGAUAUAGACACAUCAAUGAAACUUGGAGCUGGACAUCCCAUGGGACCUAUAGAAUUAUUGGAUUAUGUUGGGUUGGAUACGAGCAAAUUUAUAAUGGAUGGAUGGUCAAAACAGUAUCCAGAUGAACCAUCAUUCAAACAAAGUCAACUUCUGACGAAAAUAGUUUCAGAAGGAAAAUUCGGAAAAAAAAGUGGUGCGGGUUUUUACAAUUAUCAACAAUCGAAGCAAUAA